UGUUGUUUUGUACUUAAACAGGUCACUACUCAAGUCUCUGUGCCAACAAAAACAUAUGAACUGCUUCAUCGAAUGACUGGAAAAGGAUUAGCAGCUCAUUAUCACUUUUCAAGACAGCCAGGCCUUUUUGGGGAUCAUAUGGUACCUGUGCAAGUGACAGUAACAAAUACAACUGAUCAGAAGAUAGAGAAUAUUCACAUUGAGGAGAAGAAAUUACCUCCAGGCAUGAGGAUGCGUGAGUUUAAUCCAAUAGAGUGCCUUGAACCUGGAGGAUCCACUACCGUUACAGUGGGUAUUGACUUCUGUGAUUCUACUCAGACAGCCAGUUUCCAGUUAUGCACAAAGGAUGAUCAUUUCAAUGUUAGCAUUCAGCCCCCUGUUGGAGAACUACUCUUGCCUGUCACUAUGUCAGAGAAGGACUUUAAGAAGGAGCAAGGAAUGCUGACAGGAAUGAAUGAGACAUCUGCUACAAUAGCUGUUGCUCCACAGAACUCUACUAGACUUGUAAUAAUUGAGAGGGUAGUAAAAGCAGCAAAUCUGGGUGUAGUCUCUUCUGGUCAAGAUAACAUACACAGGUUUGCAGCUAAAACUGUGCACAGUGGGUCACUGAUGCUAGUCACAGUGGAGCUGAAGGAGAGCUCUACAGCACAGCUCAUCAUAAACACUGAGAAAACUGUGAUUGGUUCUGUUCUGCUGCGGGAGCUGAAGCCUGUCCUGUCCCAGGGGUAACCUGCUUACAUCUGGACUUCAGAGUCUGGCACACAACAAAAGUGCCUGGCAUCCACUACUGCUGCCUUUCAUUUAUAAUAAUAGCCUUUCCAUCUGGCAGUGGGGGAAGAAUACACUCUUGACAUUCUUGUCUUCUGCUUUAGAAUGCUAGUGUGUAUCUAUCGUGUAUGCAAGUUCUUUCCUUUUUUUCUGCUUGCUAACCAAAGAAUAUAUAUUUUACUGUCUAUGUGCUUUCAAAUGUAUUUCCCAUUUGUUCUACUCUAGUUCUUCCCUCUCUAGUAGAUGACAGUAGGUUCCCCCACAACCUUUCUUCCCCAUCAGUUUUCCUCCCCAUAGUGAGCAAAUAUUAGAUAAUAAAGUUCAAGGGAAAUCACACUGCUUGAAAACUGAGUUCAAAUGGCAGAUAGGUUCCAGCAACAAGUUUGUGGUUCAGAGAGAUUUUGUUACAUAAACGUAAAAAUUCAGUAAGAACAGCAAAAUGGUUGCUUUCUAGAAAUGCUUUUAAACCUAAACUUGUCUAUUAAGAACCUUGUUCCUACUUACUGUUCUUUUCUCAAAUAUGUUGUUAAGAUACUAAUAAAGUAGUGCUAUGAGCA